GCCAUUUCACCCGGUUUCAUCCAUAAUCACCCCUUCACCCACAAAGAUUCCUUCAUUCUGCGCAGAAGAGAACACUACACACAAAUCUUCAAAGAUACUCGUAACAACACAAAAGAGUGUUUCAACAUGUUCACAUAAACACACUCUUUCCAUGACUUCCAAAACGCACCGUUUUGCCAGCUGUCACCGCCACCCUACCAAACCUGUUACCGGUUUCUGCGCUUCUUGCCUCCGUGAACGCCUCGCCGGCAUUGAAUCCUCCUCCGACGAUCCUCCUCCCCCCGCUACCCAAGGACAUCGCUCCCGCCGCUCGCCGGAGCUCCGUCGCACCAAAUCAUGCUCCGGCAGUGGUCCUCUCCCGUCAUCCUCCUCCGCCGACGUCGUUCCACGGCGUCGGUCCUGCGAGGUCCGACUGCCUGCUGCGGCGACAUCCCGGAACACGCUUUCGGACCUCUUCGACAUUGACGAUGGCGACGAGAAGAAGCGCCUGAAUCGGAACCUCGACGUCGAUUCGCGAUUCGAGAUAACUGUGGAGGAGCGUGAGAACGGUGGCAAUGAGGCGGUAAGGGUUUGCGUCGAUGAUUUUGUUUCAGACGAAGAUUAUGAAGAGACGAAGACGAUGAAGGAGUUCAUAGAUCUCGAAUUGCGAAGAAGGAAGAACGCUGGGAGAGAUUUGAUCGACAUUGCGGGGAGUUUCUGCAAGAGAUUGAGAAAAUGGAGGCGGAAACGUAAAUCGAAGGAGAACACUGCCACCGCCGCCGACGAUGACGGCGGAGGACGCGGUGGCGGUAAUGGACCCUGCGGUUUGGAUAGUGAUUUGAUGAGAGGGUAUAGGGAGACUCAAUCGGAGGUUGGAGAGUACGGAUUUUUGCGGAGAAGGUCGUGUGACACUGAUCCGAGAUUGUCUGUUGAUGUUGAUGCAGGAAGAAUGUCGUUGGACGAUUCUAGGUUGUCGUUUGAGGCGGCUCGAGCUUCUUGGGAUGGCUAUUUGAUUGGGAGAACAUCGUGUGCAAGGUUCUCUCCAAUGGUUCAUGUUAAUGAGAGGGUUUUGGAGGAGAAUGAGGAGGAACAAGAGGUGGUGAGUUUGGAAAGUGGUGGAGAGAAUUGUCCUGGUGGUUCUUCUCAGACCAAAGAUUACUAUUCCGAUGUGAUGAAUCAGCAGCGGAGGAGGAGGAGUUUUGACAGGUCAAGCUCUAGGAGGAAGCAAUCAAUGGCAGAUGUUGAUGAAUUGAGAGUGUUGUCCAAUGCCAAGGUUUCCCCUGCAACCAAUGAGUUGUUCUAUGGGGCAAAGGUGCUGAUAACUGAUCAGAACGAUUCACGGAAUGAGAACUUGAAUGGUCAUGUUCAGUCUGCUUUUGCAAUGAUGUCUGGUUCUAAGAAUGUCCAUGAUGUUGCAAAUGGGGUUAAUAAUCAAAAGGGGUUGAAUAAGUUCCAUAAGUGGGUCAAGAAGUUGAACAAGUUGGGGUUGGUGCAGAGGAAAAGGGAAGCUAAGGCGGUAGAAGAAGAGCGUGGAUCAGGAGACACGGUUGUUAAUAAGCCGGUCACCGAGUCUUGGCAGAAGCUGAGGAGGGUGGUUAAUGGAAACACAAGCGAGUCUGUUAGCCAGAAGCUUAUUCGAAGUUAUAGUGUUAGCUGUAGAAAUCCCUGUAGAACAGAUGGUUUAGUCAAUGGAUUUGUCGGUACUCCAGAGACUAAUGGCAGUGUUUUGAAUGGAAGAAAAGAGUUUACACUUCAAAGGAACCGAAGCGUUAGUUAUUCACCGGGUAAUGUUGACACUGGCUUGUUAAGGUUCUAUUUUACUCCGUUGAAGAACUAUAAGCGAAGCAUUUCAGGAAAGAGUAGCUCAAAGGAUUAGAAUGCAAUGGCCAAAAAUGUCUUGAAAAGCUGUUUGUAAAAGCAUAUCUUGUCUGAACUGUUGUUGUUCAAGAGAGAAAAGUACAUCACAUUGUUACAUUCUGGUUUCUAUUUUUAGAGUGAUGUUGGGAGCAGAAAUAGGUAUACUUUUCCAUAUGCAAUUGGCAUGGUAAACUUCUGAUUGCAACACUGCUAGGAUUAAUAAGUCUACAAUAGUUGAAUUUUGCUAGAGUUUAUUGCAAGAUAACUUUUUAAUUUAGGCAAGAAGAUAGUUACUAAGUUCUCAAAAAGUUUGUUUAUAUUUUCUACUUUAUCUUUCAACUAUGUUAUUGUCAUAGAUCUCAUGAACUAGAGCUAGUUGGUUAUACAAACUUCCUUGUUAGAUAAUAUUUUUUCAGGGCUCUGAAAUGUCCAUAUCCUGCUUCUUGGUUAUAAAAAUUUGAAGUCAAGAAACAUUGGCAUCAAGGUAUCUAUUCCAUUGGCUACUGAUAUGGUAAUUUCUUUUAUUUAGAUUUAUCACAUUGUCCAUAAAA